CAUUCACGUAAAUUACCCACCGCUUCCGCUAGCUUCCAAUUGCCAGCCUUCUUCUUCCUCUUCCUUCAGCCUCUUUCUUUAAAGAAAAAAACCCACUUUUCCUCUCUCGUGGCUACUCCCUUCUCCAUCAUCAUCAUCAUCAUCAUCUCUCUCUCUCUCUCCGAUCUAUUUCUCAAAACUCCACCUUCAGUCCAAUGGCAAACAUCUUUCUUCCUUUGUUUCUCCUCUCCGUUACCGCUCUAAUCCUCUCUGCCGCCGCCGCAAGCUCUGGUGCUGACGGAGGCUCUAUCCACGACCUUCUUCAAGAACACGGCCUACCUGCUGGACUCCUUCCGAAGGCCGUGGAAUCCUACACUCUGGAUCGCACCACUGGCCUCCUCGAGGUGAAGCUCGACCGCCCCUGCUACGCCAAGUACGACGGCCUGGCCUACUUCGAACAAAUAGUGCGUGGAAACCUCAGCUACGGUGCACUAGGAAGCGUAAGUGGAUUAAAGCAGGAAGAACUCUUCCUAUGGCUUCCCGUUCGUGGAAUCCUUCUUACGAACCCCUCUUCCGGCGUUAUCCUCUUCGAUAUUGGCGUCGCACAUAAGCAGCUUUCGCUUUCUCUGUUCGAGGUCCCGCCGGAUUGCAGGCCGGCGGAGAGCCCUGAGGUGGCGGCUGGUGGCAUCCGGGAGAUCCCUAAAGGGCUUUUUGGCAGAAAAGGAGGAUUUCAGGAUCAGAGAUGAAUAAUCACACAGAAAAACUGCUUCAUCUCUCUCCUUUCUCUCUCUAGUUGGCACCCUCUUUCUUUUAUGAAAUUUUAUGAAGUAUUCUUGUAAAUUAGUGAAUCGAAGUGCAUCAAUCUUAUUCUGAAAAAAAGAAAAAAAGAUCAUCAAGCAAAUCUCCAUCUUUAUCA